AACAUUUAACACUUGCACAAACAAUUUCCAUCUUCAUCACCAUUUGAGUUCUUAUAAUUAAAAUCACGCAAAUGGAGAACAAAGUGUGCUUCAUCUGCUGCUUAUGGCUAUGUCUCUUCACUUAUAUGACCAGCUUUCCUGCAGUCGACAUGAUUGAGGAGGUUGAUGCUGUCAAAAGACAACAUGGGAAUCAUAAGCGUGGUGAUAAUGUUAAGCUGUUUGUUUUUGGAGACUCGUACGUAGAUACUGGGAAUUGGCCAACAUCUAUGUCUAGCUCUUGGAAGGAACCAUAUGGCCUCACUUAUCCUGGCUCUCCUUCUGGAAGAUUCUCCGAUGGCCUCAUACUCACUGAUUUUAUUGCUUCAUUCCUUGGCAUAAAAUCUCCACUACCUUAUAGUAAGAAGGGAUCAUCAGUAACUAAAGAUGGAGUGAAUUUUGCAUAUGGAGGGACAGGUGUAUUCAACACUUUUGUUAACCAACCUAAUAUGACAACACAAAUAAAUUAUUUUCAGCAGCUCCUUCAAGAAGAGGAACAAGUGUACACAAAAGAAAAUAUGAGUUCAUCCAUUGCUCUUGUGUCUGUGGCUGGCAAUGACUAUGCUACUUUCCUUACCAAAAAAGGCAACAAUAUGGAGGACUUGGGCAAUGUAACUAAUUCAAUUAUGAGUCAACUUGAAUUGAACCUUAGACGCAUACAUGGAUUGGGGGUUCAAAAAUUAGGCAUCACAGCACUGGAACCCAUUGGAUGUUUGCCAAAAAUGACAGCUUCUCUUUCUUAUGAGAAUUGUAGUGAACCUGCCAAUUCACUCUCAAAAUUUCACAAUCAAAUGUUGCAUCAAACUAUAGAGAAGCUCAACAACCAAACUGGUAGACCAGUUUUCUUCAUUCUUGAUCUCUAUAGUGCCUUCAUAUCUGCCUUGGACAUACAACAAAACCAUCCAGGAAAUUCAAACUUUGAGAAUCCACUGAAACCAUGUUGCAUGGGAACAAGCAAUGAAUAUUCAUGUGGAGACAAGAGGGGAAUUACAAAGAAAUAUGUACUAUGUAAAAAUCCAGAGCUUUCAUUCUUCUGGGAUAUAAUUCAUCCUUCUCAGCAAGGCUGGUUUGCUGUUUUUUCUGCUCUGAAGCCUUCACUAAGUUCCCUACUGUAAACCAUAGGCUACUUAAAUACGUAUAUCCUCCAUUAUUGUCCUUUAUUCUUCUUUA